AUGCCGUGGGCAAAGCCUCAGACCACGAGGGCAACUCCUGUGCCGGAUGCUCGUCCUUCGCAGCGAGGCAAACCGCGACAUCUGCCCUCAGCGACGCCAACACCGACCUUGCCUCGGUGGCUGAAUCCGGCGGGCGCGGAGAAACGAGGUGGCGCAUCCUCUCAGAAGCUUGAGCCAGAGACCGACGCCACCUUGCAUUUUGCACAGCGGGGGCUGGAAGCGACGGCGCCAAUCCCAAAGUUUGAUUGGAUGCCCAAUGUGAAUGAAGCCAGUAAUUCCGGGAACACCAGCAAAGUUUUGGGCCAAGAGGCACUGCAGCCUCCCUCUGUUGAUGAAAUGCGAGGUUUUCUUUCGGUGAUGAUCAACAAACAGAACUCCGAGUGGAACUCCAGACGCUUUGUUCUUUUGGAGCGUCGUGAUCGAGAGAUACAUCGCCAACUUCAGAAGGACGAUGAAGAUGCGGCGAAGCAACAUAGUGAAUCAUCGUGUCCGCUUUGUACCUUGUUGCACUCCCUCCUUGCUGAGUCGAGGGAGGAAUGGAGGGAAGCAUUGUCCUUACGUGUGAACGAAUUGAAACGAGAGGUACGCUACUCAGCCGGUGCGGCAUUGCCAGCGAGGCGUGACGGCAAUGAGGGAGACGAUGUGGAGUGGUCCGUGGCGCAACUUUACAAAACUUUGGUGACUGGUCUCAACAGCACGGCCACGGAGGAAUUACUGACCUCGCGCUUAUUUGGCGGUGAUGUCUCACUUUGUCAUGACAGUAUUGACUCCUUUGGACUGCUGACGGUGUUUCGGGCGCCCAUCCAAGAAUUAUUGGCACGACAUGAGGAGCUUGCCCCAAGUCUCACGAUACUUCGUCGGUCCUUUGCAGCGCUUCAUCCCUCAAACGGAUGCCCAAAGACCAUUAGCCAUACAGAAAUUUCAGCGCAUGAUGCCGAAGAGAACAUUAAUACGUUUUUACAGUUUGCUGAUUCCCCAGGAGCGGUGGCGAAGGCGUUGCGCGGUAGAGUAAGCCCCUCUUUGCGUCGCUUGUUGUACGCACGUGCGCUACAGCUUUCAAUUAUCGUCACAGAUGGGAGUUCACUCUUUGGGGGUCGUGGGGAACUUCAGGUGAAUCGGCAUUGCGAUGGCGUGGAAAGAUUCUUGACCUUCGCCACGAAAAAUGGCCGCGACAAGGUUAGACGUCGCAUUUACCAUAGUUACGCCACGAAGGAGCAGGAGACAACGGCUAAGGUGAUUCAGGCCAUUGUUAAGGUGGAUAAUUUGCAAUCUGUGGGUAACAGCGAUAAAUAUUUCAUCUUCUCGGACGAGACGGAGGUACUCGUCGUCUCUCUCCUCAUGGAUAGGAGUUUGCCAGAGAUGCAUAUGAAAAACACGUUGCGUCUGAUGGGUCGCUCGUCUGAACAGAUUGAGUCUUAUUUGGUAUUUCUAGAGGAAAAUAAUGAGGAAACUGGGCCACGGCAGCGAAGGCCACCGCCCUCGGGUUUUUUCCCCGUUCGUUGCUUUUCACUACUUGUCGCACCGGUGUGUUACAUCACCGGCGAUACGGUGGAGCAGUACGAACUCGUUUCAUCGCUUUUUGGACAACUCUGGGGUCGUAUUCAGGGCCCCACGCCUGAACUGGCGCAGUGUUGCUGGAUUUUUGAGGCGUUGAUAGCUCGCUUUGCAGCUCCAGCGUGUCUCCAUGCUACACGCACGCUUGGUCUCCCACCGUUACGUUUGGCGAUUCAAUGGAUGAUCACCGCAUUUGUGGAGGUGCUUGAGCCAGCGGAACUUCUGGCCUUUUGGGACCUUAUUUUGUCCUAUCACAUUGAAGAAAUAUUUGCUGGACGUACGUCACUGUCUGUGCACAUUCGAGAGGGUGUGGAAAGUGGGGUGGAGAAGAAGAAGAAAGAAAUGGAGGGAGAGGAAAAGGAGGUGUCUUCCUUUGCACCUUCUGCCCUGUGGCUUUUGCCUUUGCUGGCGGCAAGUCUCUUUGUUUACCGCGCUCCAUUGGUUGAACGCUGUGCGACAGCGGAAGAGAUGCUUGUAGUUUUUAAAGACGGUCACCACUUGCGAUGUCGGCCGCUCUUGCAAUAUUUGCUGUUCAUGGCGAAAUGA